UGUAUAUCUGUCGAGCUGACUGUUUGUCUGUUUAUGUAUCAAUUUGUCUAUUUCAUCAAUCUUCCUUUUUGGAGUUAAACGUAUUGUUUGCAGGUAACUUUUACAGAUAAAAUGUUUCUACUGAUGGACAGAGGAUCUCUGCUCACAAAGCCAGUUGCUUGCUUGUGUUCAACAGGAAACCAAGCAGCCUAAAAAUUUAUCAACCAUUACGUGUAACUGCAAGGUGUUAACAUAUCACAGUUGUCUCUCAGAUGGAACUCCACGUGCUGUGAGUUGAUAAAUUGGUGUGUGACGAUUUGGGAGAUCAAUGCAAAAGGGUGCUUUUCAGACAAUGACAUCUCAUCUGUAGCAAUUAGCAAAUUAUAUGAGCUGUUGGACAGGAAGUUGGAAAGGGGGAGGUUGGUAAUGGGAAAGUAUUUGAGACCAUGUUUGGUAGAUGACCUUUGCACACAUUACGUGGAAAUGUUCUAUUUCUGACUAGAACGCAACUCUCCCUCGGAUGUGAGGGUGUGUGAGGAGGAGUAUAUAAGAGCAAGCUCACCAGCUCACUUCAUCAGUAUUGAGGAUAUCGGUCAUCAUCAUGUUUUCAUUUUUUGUGACAGUUCUUGUGCUCAUUCAAGUCAUUGCUACUUCUGGUGGUCAAAGUGUGUCAGAUGAGAGAAAUCAGCAGGCAUGUGUGUCUGCUGGUGUACCUGGAGUACCUGGAUCACCUGGAGUUAAUGGAUCACCUGGACGAGAUGGAAUGAAAGGAGAAAAGGGAAUGAACGGAGAGAAAGGAUUAGUUGGAGAUGCUGGUGCACAAGGAAUAAAAGGAGAAGAAGGAAGGAAAGGAGAGAAAGGAAUAAAGGGAGAGAGAGGAUUAGUUGGAGAUGUCGGCAGUAAAGGUAAUGCUGGGAAGAUAGGUCCACAAGGUCCACGAGGGAUAAAAGGAGAAACAGGAAGGAAAGGAGAGAAAGGAGAAGCUAUGACACUCAACUGGAAACAGUGUGUGUGGAAUAGAUAUGAUCAUAAGGACAGCGGUCUGAUUCAGAACUGUAAUUUUAGGAAACUUGACAGCAAUUCAGCUCUACAUGUUGCAUAUGCAGGAAAUCUCAGGGUUAAAUGCUCCAGUGGCGAGUGCUGUUCUCGAUGGUAUUUUACAUUCAAUGGUAACGAGUGCAGUGGACCUAUGACUAUUGAGGGAGUUGUGUAUGGUAGUCCAGCUAAUGAUAAUCCUCUCCGUCACAGACAGAUUGAGGGAUACUGUGAGAACAUUCCAGCAGGUCAAGUCACAAUUGGAUUCAACAUUGGAAGCUGUAACAAAUUUACAUCAACAACGUAUGAUGGCCUUACAGGAUGGAAAUCAGUAUCUCGCAUUAUGAUUGCAGAAGUUCCUCCAUCACAAAAGUGACUGAAUUAGAGAGAA